AUGGUGUCGGAGCGAGACGGAGCAAUAGUUGUCGGUCUGGUUGGAGCAGGAUGCAAGAUGCUGAUCGGAGUCCGCAAGAGGACGGAGGGGAAUGGCGCUCAGUACCUACUUCGUUAUCUGUUCGCGAAUAUUCUUGCGCAACCUGCUACCGGCAUCGGUUCAAGGAGAAGCCUGCGCAAAGGGCCGCCUCAGCGUCACGCGUUGCCAUUGACCCACUUACACAUAACAGCGUGUGCGCACUCUGCUAGUAUACUCGCUCACUGA